UUCAUUUUCUGACAAUGUAGAAGAUUUUUGGAUCUAACCGUAAUAUUAAGUAUGCACUUUGGAUUCUUUAACAUGUGGUUACUAUCCUUAAUUCCUUAUAAUUUGUAAUGUUUUGAUUAUUUCACAUUCUUUUUUUUAUUUUCAUCUGGUUAGACUUUAAACAUGCCGAAAGAGCAAUACAGAGAAGCAGAUGUAGCCAAAAAGAUAUCACACCUUAGUUUUGGGGUGGAGAGUGCUGAAAGUAUGCAGCAACAAUCGCACAUUCAUGUUGUUGCGAAAAAUCUUUAUAAUCAAGAUGUUGAAAGGAAUCCUGUGCCAUAUGGUGUAUUGGAUAAAAGAUUGGGUACCAAUUCUAAAGACUCACCAUGUCAAACAUGCGGUCAAAAAAUAAAUGAAUGUGUAGGGCAUUUUGGCUACAUCGAUUUGGAAUUGCCUGUGUAUCAUGUGGGUUAUUUUCGUAGUAUCAUAAAUUUACUGCAGACAAUUUGCAAAAAAUGUGCUCGAGUUUUGCUCGAAGAUUCAGAAAAAGAUGUAUACAGACAUCGUUUGUCAAAUCCCCUGUUAAGUUACAUGACCAAAAAAGUUAUCAGGAAGAAGAUCAUUGACAAAUGCAAAAAAAUUGUGAAAUGCCCUUAUUGUAAGGCUACCAACGGCUUCGUCAAAAAGAUGACAAGUGCCAAAGGAAGCAUUGCAAAUUCCCCACUUAAAAUAGUACAUGAGAUUUAUCGUGAGAAAGACAAGGAUAAAUUAAUGGAGCAACUAAAGGAGGACUUUAGCUCUGCUUUGAAAAACAAUCCCGAGAUUGAAACGGCCUUGUCCAACAACAUUUCUCAAAUUUUUACCCCAAUAGAUGUUUUAAAGUUAUUUGAAAGAAUACCAGAGAGUGAUAUUCCAUUUUUAGUUAUGGAUCCUGAAAAGGCACAGCCAAAAGAUUUAAUUUUUACCAGGAUGCUGGUGCCACCAGUGUCCAUAAGACCGUCGGUAGUGUCUGAGUUAAAAGCAGGAACAAAUGAAGAUGAUUUAACUAUGAAGCAAUCUGAAAUAAUAUUCAUUAAUGAUGUAAUCAAGAAACAUAAACUUUCUGGUGCUUCUGUCAACAUGUACCAAGAGGGUUGGGAUUUUUUGCAACUUCAAACAGCACUUUAUAUCAAUAGUGAGUUAUCUGGAGUUCCUUUAAAUAUGAUGCCUAAAAAACCUGGUCGCGGUUUGGUUCAACGCUUGAAGGGCAAACAAGGUCGUUUUCGAGGCAACCUCUCAGGCAAGCGAGUAGAUUUCUCAUCUAGAACUGUAAUAUCUCCUGAUCCGAAUCUGGAAAUAGAUCAAGUUGGUGUUCCAAUGCAUGUGGCAAAAAUUUUAACAUUUCCUGAAAGAGUUACUCAGGCAAAUGUAAAUUUGAUGAGACAGUUAGUCAUUAAUGGACCUGAUAAAUGGCCUGGUGCUAACUAUGUACAACAGAAGAAUACUCUGUUUAAAAAGUUUUUAAAGUAUGGCAACAGGGAAAAACUUGCACAAGAAUUGAGGUUAGGUGACAUUGUUGAACGCCAUUUGCAUAAUGAUGAUGUAGUUCUCUUCAAUCGGCAACCUAGCCUGCACAAACUGUCUAUCAUGGCACAUCGGGCCAAAAUUCAUGAACACAGGACAUUCAGGUUUAAUGAGUGUGCAUGCAAUCCUUAUAAUGCUGAUUUUGACGGUGAUGAAAUGAACCUCCACCUACCCCAAACUGAAGAAGCAAAAGCUGAAGCGUUAAUUUUGAUGGGGAACAAAAGCAACUUAGUCACGCCGAGAAAUGGAGAGCUUCUUAUUGCCGCCACUCAAGAUUUUCUAACAGGGGCUUAUUUGUUGACUCGCAAAGACACAUUUUUGGAUUUUGUUCACGCAACGCAAUUAGCUGCCACACUAUUGGCGGGCAAAGACACUCAUAUGAAUAUCACUUUACCACCUCCUUGCAUUGUAAAACCCAGAUAUUUGUGGUCCGGAAAACAAAUUUGUAGUCUGAUAUUUAAACCAAACUCAAAAUAUAUAGUGUCAGCUAACUUGGAAGCUAAAGGGAAAGCUUAUACCAAAAACCGGGAAAUGUGUGUUAAAGAUGCAUACGUUAUUGUCCGUAAUUCUGAGCUUAUAGCUGGUACCUUUGACAAAGGUCACCUGGGCAGCGGCGGCAAAGCCGGCAACAUUUUUUACGUUAUACUUCGAGAUUUUGGCCAAGAGUAUGCUAUAAGAGCUAUGUGGAGGCUGGCUCGACUAUCUUCAAAUUAUUUAAUGAAUCUUGGAUUUUCGAUCGGUAUCGGGGACGUAACGCCCGGUGAGAACCUUAUAAAAAGAAAGAAUAAACUCUUAAAAACCGGGUAUGAAAAAUGCGACGAAUACAUAAAGCAAAUGGUGCAAGGAAAGUUGACGACGCAGCCGGGAUGUACUGUUGAGGAAUCGUUGGAGGCGGUUCUGUUAAAGGAGCUUUCUGAUAUUAGAGAGCAAGCUGGUCAGGCCUGUGUGGCGGAACUGCCGUCGACUAACAGUCCUCUCAUCAUGGCACUAUCUGGAUCCAAAGGGUCCUUUAUCAACAUAUCUCAAAUGAUAGCCUGUGUGGGGCAACAAGCUCUUAAUGGUAAAAGGGUGCCAAAUGGAUUUGACGAUCGAUCUCUGCCACACUUUCCUCAUCAUUCUAAGACUCCGGAGGCAAAGGGAUUUGUCGGAAAUAGCUUUUAUUCUGGAUUAACCCCUACAGAGUUCUUUUUUCAUACUAUGGGGGGUCGCGAGGGGUUAGUCGACACGGCUGUAAAGACGGCUGAAACAGGUUACAUGCAACGAAGAUUGGUAAAAUCGCUUGAAGAUCUCGUCGUCCAUUACGACGGUUCCGUGCGCAACGCCGAAAGUGACAUAGUUCAAAUGACAUAUGGCUCUGAUGGAUUAGACCCUACUUACAUGGAGGGCAAGGAUUGUCCAGUGGAUUUUGACAGAGUUUUAGUGCAUGUCAAAGCCAAGUGCCCUUACAGAAACGAAAUUUCGUUGGACGCGGACCAAAUUCGAAGGGCUACGAAGGCAUUUAUAGCAACAAAAGCCCUAGACGAAUGCAGCGACGACUUUAAAAAUGGACUGACCAAGUUUAUGGACACGGUAGCGGAUAGGGUGGAUAAAGUGUUGAAAAAGUAUGGAUAUUCGAGCGUGGUAAAAGAGAUCGAGCGACUCACGUGCAGCCAACUGGUUACAUUUUUGGGAACCUGCGGUCAGAAAUACACCAGAUCGAUUAUUGAGCCGGGCACUGCGGUUGGGGCCCUGGCGGCUCAGAGUAUCGGUGAGCCUGGCACCCAGAUGACCUUGAAAACGUUUCACUUUGCUGGUGUCGCCAGUAUGAAUAUUACCCAAGGCGUUCCCAGGAUUAAGGAAAUUAUAAACGCUAGUAAAAAGAUAAGCACCCCUAUAAUAACUGCAUGCUUAACGAAUUCAACUGAUCCCUGGUUCGCAAGGCAAGUAAAGGGUAGGAUUGAGAGGACCACACUUGGGGAGAUAUCGACGUUCAUCGAUGACGUUUACACCAAAAAUGAAGCCUUUCUUUUAAUUCAGUUAAAUGUGGAAAGGAUCAAGUUGCUUAAGUUGGAAGUAAAUGCGGAAUCCAUACGAUACUGCAUCUGCACUUCAAAAUUGAAACUAAGACCUGGAGACGUUAAAGUAGAAAGCGACACCAUAAUUACUGUUUACCCUAAUAAAAGUCAACAUUCCAGAAGGCUUAAUUUUGCCUUGAGCGAACUUAAGGAGUUAAUUCCCAAUGUUGUGGUGAAAGGCUUACCAACUGUCAACAGAGCAGUGAUCACUCGAGAAGAUAAGGGCAGCAAGACGACAUAUAAACUCUGUGUAGAAGGCAAUAACUUGCAAGAUGUGAUGGCCACUUAUGGGGUCGACGGCAAACGAACUGUAUCUAAUAAUGUAAUGGAAGUUUAUCAGACACUGGGUAUUGAAGCCGCUAGGGAGACUAUCAUGUCUGAAAUCAAAAUGGUAAUGGAAAAUCACGGUAUGAGUGUGGACUACCGCCACAUUAUGCUGCUGGCUGCACAAAUGACCCACACAGGCGAAGUGUUGGGAAUAACCCGACAAGGUCUGUCUAAAAUGAAACAGUCUGUAUUGAAUUUAGCAUCAUUUGAAAAAACUGCAGAUCACCUGUUCGAUGCCGCUUAUUAUGGACAGACCGAUAAAAUUAGCGGCGUCUCAGAAAACAUUAUCAUGGGAAUGCCAGCACCCAUAGGAACAGGAAUAUUUAAAUUACUUCAUAAGCCUCAAAGUGUUGAUCGUAACCCUCCCACAGAAACAUUACUCUUUGAGUCGGCAAUGUCUUCAAUGUGAUAAUGUCAUAAGAAUUAUUAAACUGUUUUGGCAGAUUUUGAUUUUUUGACAUAAAAAUUGUCAAAAUUUCUUGGGUUUUAGCCUCUGGUUCUAAUCAGAGUUGGUAUUUGAAAUAUAUAUAAAUAUAUAAAUUAAUAAAUAAAUAUACUAUGCACUGGUACAUACAUAUUUUGCGAUUUCACAGCAGAACAUUUUU